GACCCAUGGACCAGUUCCACGACGGGCACCACGUGCGGCUGCGGAGCCUCGUGCACCGCACCCGCACCUACCUCCACGCCGCCGACGACGGGGAGAGCGUCACCCUCAGCCAGGUCCGGGCCUCCAUGAACGCGGCGUGGGCGGUGCACAUCUACCACCGCGCCGACGGCGACGGCGAGGGCUUCUACGACGACGACGGCCCGUACCUGCUCCUCCACAGCGCCGCCUACGGCCGCUACCUCGGCGCCACGGACGUGCCGGCGCGGCGAGGCCACCGCGGCUUCCGCGCGGAGCUGCGCGACUACGACCAGCCGGAGGUGGGGGCCAUCAUGUGGCGGGCCGUCCGGUCGGGCUUCGUGGACGACGUCGUCCUGCUCCACCACGCGGGCGGCCGCUUCCUCCGCGCCAACGGCAGGUACCUUCCCUGGAACGCCGGCGUCAGCCUCGACGACGACGUCAACUCCAUGAUGCACUGGGUCGUCGAGCCCAUCCCCGCUAGAGAGGCUGGCAUGCCUGCCAUUCCUGGCCCGCCUCCGACUCUCGCAAGAUUCCUCUCCGACAUGUUCAUGGAUCCGGGACGGCGGAUCCGGUACACUCCGACGCUCGGCGGGGACUACCCCGAGGACAGCGCCGGCUGGGGCGAGUUCUGGUUCAGGGGGAGGUCCGUGUUCCGUCUGAGGGACCAGCUGGUGAUGCGCACCAGCAUCAACCUGUACUACCAGAACGUCGCCAUCUGCGUCCGAGCGGGCCGCUACGGGAGGCUGACCCCGCUCGUCGUCGACCUGCCCCACGGCGGCUACGGCGAGACCCUCGAGAUUGUCAUCCUCGAGGACGAGACUCGUGCCUAUGAUGAACUGCGACACCCAGAUGUCGACGCGGAGUAGAGGAAGAUCAGAGCCGGUGUCCUGACAGUUCACAAGUUUCUCCACCUCGGGUUGGCAGCAGAAUUGGACGCCUACUUUUGCCUACAGAUAGAUAUAGAUUCAGAAACACAGCAGCUCUCGUGUUCGCGCUUCUAUGAUUCAGAACUACUGAAAGUGUUGGAUCCAAUGGCUGAACAAUAUUGUAGUGAAGCUGAAUGUAGUAGCUCUUCAGACAUU